AUGUUCACUGGUAAGGAGAUGCAAGAAUUCGCCACUGAUUAUGGAAUAAAAUUAUUGACCUCUACACCUUAUUAUGCUCAGGCCAAUGGCCAAGCUGAAUCUUCUAAUAAAAUUAUCAUCAACAUAGUUCAAAAAAUGUUGGAAGAAAAUCUGAAGGAUUGGCAUCGAAUUUUAUCAAAAGCACUCUGGGCAUAUCGCACCUCUAGGCGAAAUGCUACUGGAGUAAGUCCAUUUAUGCUAACCUAUGGUCAUGAUGCAGUGUUACCCAUGGAGGUGGUGGUGAGGUCAUUGAGAGUAGCUAAGCAGAAUCAUUUGACUUCAGAAGAUUACAAUGAAACCAUGAUGAUGGAGUUAGAAAAUCUAGAAGAAGGGAGACUUCAGGCUUUAAACAAUAUGAUUAUACAGAAGAAGAAAGUCUCCAGAAGCUACAACAAGAAAGUUAGACCUAAGACAUUUCAAGAAGAUGAGCUAGUAUGGAAGUUGAUCUUACCCCCUGGUACUAAAGAUAGAGAAUAUGGGAAAUGGUCUACUAAUUGGGAAGGGCCAUUCUUAGUUCACAAGGUGAUGAAGGGGAAUGCAUACUGGAUAUCAAGUUUAGAGGGUGAGCCUCAUAAAAAAUUUAUUAAUGGAAAGUACUUGAAGAAAUACACUCCCACCAUCUGGGAGAAAUACAACUUAGAGAUGACUUAA